AUGUCUAAUUCCUUUUAUCUAUCUAUGUCUAAUUCUGAGCGUUAUCUAUCUAUGUCUAAUUCUGAGCGUUAUCUAUUCAUCGUUAUCUAUCUAUGUCUGAGCGUUAUAUCUGUCCUGUCCCUUAUCUAUCUAUGUCUAAUUUCUGAGCUUUAUUCCAUCUAUCGUUAUUCAUCUAUGUUCAAUUCUGAGCGUUAUCUAUCUAUGUUCAAUUCUAAGCGUUAUUAUCUAUGUCUAAUUCUGUCACGUUAUCUAUCUAUGUCUACCCUGAGCGUUAUCUAUCUAUCGUUUAUCUAUCUAUGUCUAAUUUCUGAGCUUUAUCUAUCUAUGUCUAAUUCUGAGCGUUAUCUAUCUAUGUCUAAUUCUGACGUUAUCUAUCUAUGUCUAAUUCUGUCCCUUAUCUAUCUAUGUCUAAUUCUGAGCGUUAUCUAUCUAAUUCUGAGAGUUAAUUCUGAGUUGCCAUCUAUCUAUCGUUAUCUAUCUAUGUCUAAUUAUGUUAUCUAUCUAUGUUCUGUCCCUUAUCUAUCUAUGUCUAAUUCUGAGCGUUAUCUAUCUAUGUCUAAUUCUGAGCGUUAUCUAUCUAUGUCUAAUUCUGUCCCUAUCUAUCUAUGUCUAAUUCUGAGCGUUAUCUAUCUAUGUCUAAUUCUGUCCCGUUAUCUAUCUAUGUCUAAUUCUGUCCCUUAUCUAUCUAUGUCUAAUUCUGUCCGUUAUCUAUCUAUGUCUAAUUUGAGCGUUAUCUAUCUAUGUCUAAUUCUGAGCGUUAUCUAUCUAUGUCUAAUUCUGUCCGUCUAUCUAUCUGAGCGUUAUCUACCAUCUAUUAUCUAUCCAUGUCUCAAUUCUGAGCGUUAUCUAUCUAUGUCUAAUUCUGUCUUUAUCUAUCUAUGUCUAAUUCUGAGCGUUAUCUAUCUAUGUCUAAUUCUGUCCCUUUAUCUAUCUAUGUCUAAUUCUGUUAUCUAUCUAUGUCUAAUUCUGUCCGUUAUCUAUCUAUCGUUAUCUAUCUAUCCUUUUCCUUAUCUAUCUAUGUCUAAUUCUGAGCGUUAUCUAUCUAUGUCUAAUUCUGAGCGUUAUCUAUCUAUGUCUAAUUCUGUCCGUUAUCUAUCUAUGUCUAAUUUGAGCGUUAUCUAUCUAUGUCUAAUUCUGUCCGUUAUCUAUCUAUGUCUAAUUCUUGCGUUAUCUAUCUAUGUCUAA